AUCACAUAAGGGGGCGGGGCGAGUGGGAGAAACCCGGUAGUGCUCGGCAUUAGAGGCUGCCUGAUCAGAGGGAUCUAUUUUCUCCCCCCCCCCCACUUUUUUUUAGGAGGGAGCUGAAUAUCAGUGAAGGGGCAAAAUGUCGGAGAGAAAAGUGCUAAAUAAAUACUACCCACCGGACUUCGAUCCGUCUAAAAUCCCCAAGCUCAAACUUCCAAAGGACCGGCAGUAUGUGGUCCGUUUGAUGGCUCCUUUUAACAUGCGGUGCAAGACCUGCGGCGAGUACAUCUACAAAGGCAAGAAGUUCAACGCCCGGAAGGAGACGGUCCAGAAUGAAUCCUACUUGGGGCUUCCCAUCUUCCGCUUCUACAUCAAAUGCACUCGCUGUCUUGCGGAAAUCACCUUCAAGACAGACCCGGAGAACACGGACUACACCAUGGAGCAUGGGGCCACUCGCAACUUCCAGGCUGAGAAGCUGCUGGAGGAAGAAGAGAAGCGCUUGCAGAAGGAGAGGGAGGAUGAAGAGCUUAACAACCCCAUGAAGGUGCUGGAGAACAGGACCAAGGACUCCAAGCUGGAGAUGGAGGUCCUGGAGAACCUGCAGGAGCUGAAGGACCUGAACCAGCGCCAGGCCCAUGUGGAUUUCGAGUCCAUGCUGCAGCAGUACAAGGACUACGAGGAGGAGCAGAAGCGGCAGGAACUGGAGGAUGACGAGAGGGAGAUGAAAGCAAUGCUGGAGCAAGCUCAGAGCCGGCGGCUGCUGGAAGACUCCAGCUCGGACGAGGACCCGGCUCCGGCCCCUGCGAAGUCAUCUGUGAAAGUAAACCCCACCGACAUCCUGCAGGAGGCCCCACUCCAGGAUUUGGAGCCCCAGCCCAAGAAGCAGAAGCUGGAGACCUGGGAGAGGAGCGUGGGCGCGCUCUCCAGCAAGGCCAAGCUGUCGGGGCUGGUGACAGCAAAGAAGAAGCCGGUCUCUGGCACGGCGAACGGAGUGGGGAACCGGAAUGCACCGUCAGGCCCAGGUACCAGGAACCGGAGCUCAGAGAACACCACUGGGGGCGCCCCUCUGUCUUCCGGGUCAAGCGCAGGGGCCUCUUCCCUCAGCCUCCUGGGCGCUUACUCAGACAGCGAGGACAGCAAAAGCGACUGACUCCCAUCUUCGGACUCAAGGUGGAAGCAUUGCCCAGCCCUUUCUUGGCAGAGGGAUGGCGUCUCGGUUGCCGCUGGCCACCUCCUUGCAAGCAGAGACUUCCGGGCCAUUCACACACACACCCCCGACUCGAGAGAUCGUUCCCCUCCAUGGGAACGCUCUGCCAUUAAACCUGCAGGGCAUCCGUUCUUCGGAACUGACCUGCUCCCAGCGUCACUUGGGGGCCGGUGAAUGGACACAUUCCCCCCACCCCCCAAGCACAGAUAUAGCGACACCAGCAAACUCUAACGGCAAGCUUGGCUCUUAGCAGUAUUUCCUGGUCCAAGUUUCUGUCGGCACUUUAGAGAGGAGGAAGAGACGAUGAUUGAGUGACCAUGACCCGUAGGGGACUCUCUCUGUCUUGGCGAACCUAGAAAUUCCUGGUUGAUGAAGCUGAGAUUGGUUUUCCGCCCUGGGCCGAGCAUUUCCCCGUCAGCAACAUAAUGGCGUGCGCAGUGAAGUUGUCCGACGCCAUUCACCCAUAGUCUGGAAGAUGGAUUGUUCUCGCUCACUCGCUCGCUGAAUCCAGGCCCUCUGAUUUCUGCCAGUUGUUUGAGAGGGACUUUGAAGGAACUGGACAGAAAGAUGAUGUUCCUUCGUGCAAAUGGAUUCCCUCAACCCCAAACACUCUAGAGCAGGGCUGUGGAUGUUGGACUACAGCUCCUAUCAACCCUGACCACUGUGGCUGGGGAUGAUGGGAGUUGUAGUCCAAAGGCAGCUGAAGGGCCAAGGUUGUUCAGGCCUGCUCAAGAGGGAGCAGAACAGCUAGUUGCUACUCUUAUCCACCCAGGUGAGUUGAGCUUUCUGUGUUUUAACCUAAUAAAGGAAACGGACAAGUGUACAA